CACUAUCCUCCCAUCUAACACAAGCAAAACCCCAUCCUCACAAUGCCCACCUUUCCGCUAGUCGUCCUCCCGCGUCCCGGGACCACAAUCCCCGAGCCAGCGUCCUCCAUCCCCGCCCCCAGCGAAGCAGCCUUCACCUCCACCUUCGGCACCAUCCUGCCCCAAGCCUCCUACCUCCAGACCCCAGCCGGCCAAGCAGCCUACUACUCCAUCCCCCCAACAACCACUACUCCAGGACGCGGGCCCACAAGAAUCCUCUUCGUGCACGGCGUCCAAACCAGCGCGAUAGGCAUGGCCCCGCUGGCGCGCGCCCUGGCCGCGCGCUUCCCCGCCGCGCACUGCGUCCUCUUCGACCACUGGGGCCACGGCCUCUCCGCGACGCCGCGGCAGCCGCACGCGCCGCCCCUCUUCCACGACCUCAUUUCAGCCGUGCUCGACCACCUGCGCUGGCCCUCCGCCCAUUUUGUGGGUUACUCCUUCGGCGGCGCCACCACCGCCACCUUCGCCGCCCGGUUUCCCGAACGGGUGGAGAGUAUGGUCCUCGUCGCGCCGGCGGGGCUGCUCCGCGCCGCGCAAUUUACCGAGCAGCAGCGGGGGCUUUUGAAGGGGGGCAAUGGCGACGAGGCUGUCGAGCGGCGGGCCCGGGACUGGAUCCUGGAGUGGUUGGAGGGCGGGCCGUUGGUGGUGCCGGCGGAUUGGGAGCCGAGGGUCGCCCGAGGCGAGGUCGUGGCGCAGAUGGUGCGCAAGUGGCAGAUGGAGGAGCAUCCGGGCCAUGCGGCCAGCGUGGUGGGCAUCUUUCGGGAUGGUGGGGUCAUGGAUAUGCAUGACACCUUUAGAGUGGCGGCGGAGAAGGGGAUUCCGGCGCGGUGUGUGUUGGGCCAGUUGGAUGAUUUGUGUACCGUGCAGGAGUUGGGGGAGCUGGGGUUUGGGGAUGUGCAUGUCGUGCAGGGGGUGGGGCAUGGGGUGGUUAGGGAGAGGGUGUCGGAGGUGGCGGGGUUAGUGGCGGAGUUUUGGGAGAGGUAA